CUCCUAUAUGUCAAUUGGUUUCCCCAAAUCUAGUGGCCACUGGGAGAUAUUUUCCUCUGCUCACAAAAAAUUGCAGCAAAAUGGACGAGAAGAAGCCGUGAUAAUUCCACGCCCAAAGCGCACCACGUAGCAGUAGCACUCUGCGUUGGAUUCAAACCAGGACAAGCAGAAGAAUAUGGGGGAAGUAGUGGUGAGCAGCGAAGAAGAUAUGAAUUUGGAAGUUCAAGGAAUGGAGGUAGAGACUGAGGCCCAGAAGAACAAGCAGCAAGAUGGCUCUGCUUCGGCCAGCAGGUGGGACAGGAUUCUACCCAGAAUGGUUCUGAGAGUUUUACUGGUCGAAGCCGACGAUUCCACUCGCCAGAUUAUAACCGCGCUUCUCAGGAAAUGCAACUACAGAGUUGCUGCUGUUCCUGACGGCUUAAAGGCAUGGGAGGUACUGAAGGGAAAACCACAUAACAUAGACCUCAUACUGACAGAAGUUGACCUGCCAUCGAUCUCUGGAUAUGCUCUUCUGACCUUAAUUAUGGAGCAUGACAUAUGCAAAAACAUUCCUGUCAUAAUGAUGUCCUCAGAAGAUUCAGUUAACAUGGUUUAUAGAUGCAUGUUGAGAGGUGCGGCUGACUUUCUUGUCAAGCCUAUUCGGAAAAAUGAGCUGAGCAACUUGUGGCAGCAUGUUUGGAGGAGGACUACAACUAGUGGAAGACAAGGCCCACAAGAUGAGAGUGUUGCACAACUGAAGGUUGAAGCUACAGCUGAAAACAAUGCUGCCAGUAACCAUUCAAGUGGUUACAUGGCUUGUAUUGAGAGAAAUAGAGAAUGCAUUGAGAAAGGGAGUGAUGCUCAGAGUUCUUGUACAAAGCCAGAUCUGGAACCCGAGAAGACAUGUGCAGAAAACAUGCAGGAUUUCUCGCAGCCCAGUUGUAAGAAACCUCCUGCAAUUGAUGUCAACAUACAGAAGCAUGAAGAGGGUACAAAAUCAAGUAGAAAAUUGUUCAAACAUGCUUGUGCAGAUAAUGGAUUGGAGGUGGGUGCCUGCAAUAAUGUUGAUACAAUGACUCGGGGAGAAGAUGUGGCACAUGAAAGUCCAAAAGUGCACUCCAACAUCAUCAUUGAACCUUUUGAUCAACCCCUAGCCAACUCUUCCAGAGAAGCCAUUGACUUAAUAGGAACAUUAGGCAGCUCUAGUCUAAAUAAUGGUACAAAUGACCGUGAUUCUUCACUGCUAUUGGAUCUUUCCUUGAGGCGAUCUCAUCCAAGUGGCUCCAUUAAUCAAGUCAGUGAUGAAAGGCACCCCUUGAACCACUCUGAGGCCUCAGCUUUCUCAAGGUAUAUUAACAGGCCAUUGCGACCCCAGCAUUCAUCAGCUAGCACAUGUAAUCAACAGAAAGAUUAUGGAACCGGUUCUGGUAGGCAGUUAUCCAUUCACACCCCUGAUUAUAACUCUGGCACUGAUGUUUUGACGCCAAAAUCUCAGAAAAGUAUACUCUCUAUGGUCACUGGACGAGCUGAAGUUGCUUUUCCUCAUCCUCAACGGGCUGUGAUUCCUGUCUCAGUUCCAGUGACAGGUUUAGGGUUUGGCGGUCUAUCAACUGCCUAUGGUUCUGUAGUGCCUACAACGAUUUGUCCACAAUCCCGCCAAUCAACAGUGCAGAAUCCAGGCUCAGUUUGCCAUCUGGAGCCAUCUUUUCAAGCUAAUGCAUUUCAUCCAUCCAAUUUGAAAACUAGAAACUCUGGUCAGUUUCAUGACCUGAUUGAUCAAAACAGAAGCAAUUCCAUAAACCAAACAGAGCACAAACAGAUGCACAUGUUGGCAUCUCCUGAGGAUCGAAAUCACAUUUCUUCUGCUGGUGAUCAAAGUGCAAGUAACAGUUUGUGGAAUGGUACUGCUAGUCCCCUUAAUAACAUUGGUUGCAUAAGCAAUGCCAACAUUGAUCAAGUUGCUGCUGGCCAAACUACUGCAGAGAGUGGGAAUGAAGGUGGUCUCCCCAUGCAUGAUAGAAGUUGCCAUCGAUCUGUCCAAAGAGAAGCAGCUCUAACCAAAUUUCGCUUGAAGAGGAAGGACAGAUGCUAUGAGAAGAAGGUUAGAUACGAAAGCAGGAAGAAACUUGCGGAGCAGCGCCCUCGAGUGAAAGGACAGUUUGUUCGUCAAGUGCAUACCGAUCCAGCACCCGUACAAACUGAUAAUCACAGCGGCAAUUCAUUAGAUGGCUAGCUGAUCACAACUUCUUUGAGCAGCAGCAGCAGCAGCUAUAAGAGUUGUAUGUAGAGAUCUGUCGGAACUCUCCUUUAUUUUAGAAGUUGAAGCAACUGAUGAAGAGGAGUUAGCGGUUGAAGGAAACCUUAGUUUAGAUGCUAGGAUUUGGUAGCUUACUAGUCUUCCACAUGUGGGUGUAAUAUAUAUAUACACAUAUAUAGAAUAGUAUUGUAAAUCUUGGUAGCGCUUUUUCUAUGCUUUGAAGAGGCUGAAAUAGAUUAUUUUUCUUGUGUCACACACAUGGUUCAUACAUAUAUAUAGCUUGCAAAUUUGGUGUCAAUGUAAUUCAUUGAUCAUUCAUUCUUUCUUUCA